UUGCAGCUGAAGAAGAAGAAAGAAGCAGACGUAGGCGACGUAAGAAAUUUCUGAAUUUUCAUUUUGGUUGCUGGAAUUGGAAUAUGUAAGGAAACUUCACGCACCACACACCACACACACUCCACCGACAAUCCGCCAAGAGUCUGCAACAGUUGCCGCCCACACGCGAAUCCCACGGACUAGGCAACGUACUCAAAACUACUCAUAUUUGGGACAAGUGGCAGCUGCUGGGCGAGAUGUCUUCUUCGGCCAUAUUCGUUUUGGACGUAAAGGGCAAGGUGUUGAUAUCUCGAAAUUAUCGCGGUGACAACAUCGACAUGGCCGUCAUAGAUAAAUUCAUGCCGCUGCUGAUGGAGCGCGAGGAGGAGGGACUGAUCACGCCCAUCCUACAGACGGCAGAGACAACGUUCGCAUACAUCAAGACGAACAACCUGUACAUUGUGUCGACGACGCCGCGCAAUAAGAAUGUCAACAUAGCCCUGGUCUUUGUAUUUCUGCACAAAAUUGCACAGGUCUUUGUCGAGUACUUCAAGGAGCUGGAGGAGGAGUCGAUACGGGACAACUUUGUGAUCAUCUACGAGCUGCUCGAUGAGCUCAUCGACUUUGGCUAUCCACAGACCACCGACUCAAAGAUACUGCAGGAGUACAUAACGCAGGAGGGCCACAAGCUGGAACUGCAGCCCCGCAUCCCUGUGGCCGUCACAAAUGCCGUCUCCUGGCGAUCAGAGGGCAUCAAGUAUCGCAAAAAUGAAGUAUUCCUCGAUGUGAUCGAGUCCGUCAACCUGCUGGCCAAUGCCAAUGGCAAUGUGCUGCGCAGCGAGAUUGUGGGCGCCAUUAAAAUGCGUGUCUAUCUGUCGGGCAUGCCCGAGCUGCGGCUGGGCCUCAACGACAAGGUUCUGUUCGAGAGCACGGGCCGUGGCAAAUCCAAGUCCGUGGAGCUGGAGGAUGUCAAGUUCCAUCAGUGUGUGCGUCUCUCGCGUUUCGAAAACGAUCGCACAAUCUCCUUCAUUCCCCCCGAUGGAGAAUUCGAGCUGAUGUCCUAUCGCCUUAACACGCAUGUCAAACCUCUGAUAUGGAUUGAGUCGGUUAUUGAGCGACACGCCCACUCCCGGGUGGAGUACAUGAUCAAGGCGAAAUCUCAGUUUAAGCGCAGAUCAACGGCCAACAAUGUGGAAAUCGUUAUACCCGUGCCAGCCGAUGCGGAUUCCCCGAAGUUCAAGACGACCAUUGGCAGCUGCAAGUACGCGCCCGAACAGAAUGCCAUUAUUUGGACUGUGAAAUCGUUCCCGGGCGGCAAGGAGUAUCUGAUGCGCGCCCACUUCGGUCUGCCCAGUGUGGAGAGUGAGGAGAAUAUGGAGGGCAAGCCGCCGAUACAGGUGCGCUUCGAGAUACCCUACUUCACGACAUCGGGCAUACAGGUGCGCUAUCUGAAGAUCAUCGAGAAGAGCGGCUACCAGGCGCUGCCCUGGGUGCGAUACAUAACGCAGAACGGGGACUAUCAGCUGCGCACGAACUGAGCGGGCAACAUCCAUCACUACCCACAGCAUCCAGCAUUCCAGCCAAGCAGCUUCACGCAAGAGACAUGUCCUUUUGUUUUCGUAGUCCUUAGAUAGAUAGCUUCCUACACCUUCACCAGCCAGCCGCCGAGUUAUGCGUUGCUUUAAGUAAACAAAAAAUUAUAUAUUUGUGUAUUUGUAUUUUGUAUUGUUUUUUCAGUAUAUGUAUAUUGUAUGUAAAAUCAAAGCUAAUAAAUUUUAACACCUUUUCGUAA